CCUGAAGUCGCGGGCAGCGCAGGAUGGUAGUCUAGUCUCCUCCACGUGCCGCCGCUCGCAGCGACCUCCACACGUGACGGAGGGGAGUCUUAUGACCGGAUCGGAUCACAUGAUCUGAAUCAAGUCUGGAUCAAGUCUGAACUGCUUCAGCUAGACACAAAUAUCAAGACAGAACACCAUGCUGGGAAAGCUGGAGCGCUUUCGGGACCAGAUUGCCGCGGAGCUCGACCGGGUGGUGGAAUUCUGGCUGAAGCAUUCCCACGAUAAGGAAUAUGGGGGAUUCUUCACUUGCCUGGGAAGAGAGGGGCAGGUGUACGAUGAGCUGAAGUACGUGUGGCUCCAGGGAAGACAGGUGUGGAUGUACUGCCGGCUGUACAGGACGGUGGAGCGGUUUCGCAGGCCGGAGAUCCUGGAGGCCGCUGUGGCAGGUGGGGAGUUCUUGCGGUCCCACGCAUGGGCGCCCCCUCUGGGUGGCUCCCAGAAGUGCGCCUUCUGCCUGACCCGGGACGGCCGGGCAGUGAAAGUGCAGAGGACCAUCUUCAGCGAGUGCUUCUAUGUCCUGGCCAUGGACGAGCUGGCCAGGGUCACUGGGGAACAGAGGCACCAGGUGGAGGCCGAGCGUGUGAUGGAUCUGAUAGUCCACUGGGCCCGAGUGGACCCCUCUGGCCUGGGCCGUCCCGAGAUGCCUGGGGACAUCCCCGUCAACAGCAUGGCCAUCCCCAUGAUGCUCCUGUGCCUGGUGGAGCAGCUGACGGAGGGCAGGGCCAGCCUGGCAGAGAAGUACAGUGAACUGGGGCGCUGGUGUGUGCAGAGGACCCUACAGCACAUCCAGAGAGACGGGGCGGCCAUCUUGGAACACGUGUCGGAGGAAGGGGAGGAGCUGCCCGGUUGCCAGGGGCGACACCAGAACCCAGGCCAUGCUCUGGAGGCCGGCUGGUUCCUGCUGCAGCACGCGGUCCGCCAGGGGGACGAGGAGCUGAAGAAGACGGCGGUGGAGAAGUUCAUGCUGCUUCCAUUCCAGACAGGCUGGGACCAGCAGCACGGGGGCCUGUUGUAUUUCCAGGAUGUUGAUGGCUGCUGCCCCACGCAGCUGGAGUGGAGCAUGAAGCUGUGGUGGCCACACUGUGAGGCUCUGAUCGCCUUCCUCAUGGCGUACUGCCAGACCAGGGACCCCGCCCUGCUGGACAGGUUCUCCCAGGUGUACGACUACACCUUCAGCCACUUUCCAGACGCGGAGCAGGGCGAGUGGUUCGGCUAUCUGACCCAGCAGGGCUCGCUGGCUCUGGAUCUCAAGGGAGGGCCUUUCAAAGGGUGCUUCCACGUGCCCCGCUGCCUCUACAUGUGCGAGCAACUCCUGGACGGCCUGUUAGGAAAAUCCCAGGCUCCGUGAGGAAAGAGCAGGCCUCAGCAGCAGAAGUCAUGGAACUGGAGGAUGCUUCCUGCUUCAGGUCUCCCUCCAGGGUGACACAAGCUUGCAGAGGUAUUAGAAGAGAACUAUAUCUGUGCGUUACGGGCUGGGGGAGGGUCUCUGAUUCAUUUCACUUACCCAGAUGAACUUUGUUGUUGUCGAAGCAUCCUCUGGCAACAUCAUGUCUGUCAGAUAAUAGCCUCAGCUGGGCUUUUGGAAUCAUUCCAACGUGUGGGCAGCCAUCCAGUUGUAUUUGAUGGGCAUGAAACUGGGACCUUGAACUGAAGGUCUUGUGCAUUAUUAAAACCACUCGGUCAUAUUUGAUUUCACAGCCCUGAACCUGCUGGGCUGGUUUUUGCUGAUCAAUAUCAUUUGAAAGAUUAAUCCUAUCUCGUGUUGAGAGCCCGUAGGUUUAGGCUGGAACACACAUCUUGCUGUAAUACAUACAGUACCUGAUCUGGAACCCUGGCUUCCUUCUGUCCCUGAACUCCAGCGGGGCAGCUACAGUCCACCUGCCCUGGAACUGAACAUUUCAAUUACUUAACACCCCCCUGAACACAUCCAGCUAAGUGCAACAUCAACGCUCCCUGUCCUGCAUGUUGCUGAACCAGGAAACCUGUUGGCUUCAUCCUCCUCACUCCUCACACUGCUACACUCCAUCUUCACCCCUCACACUGCCUGUAUCCUCACUCCUCAUACUGCUACACUCCAUCCUCACCCCUCACACUGCCUGUAUCCUCACUCCUCACACUGCAACACUCACUUUCAUGACUUUUAACUGUUCCCCCUUCAUUUCAAAGGCUGUUGACCUUCUGAUUAGGAUUUAACACAUCCUUGUAGCUUUCCUUUUAUCACACAUUCUCUUAACACUAAAAACAACAACCCGUGAAAUCACAGAGCAAACUAAUAUAAACUGAACCACACUGGGUGACGCACUGUACGCAGUCACCCUGAGCCAUGCUCCCAUGAGGCUACUGCUUCCUUCUUUUCAGAGCAAUUUGAGAAACUUCUAUUGCUUUUUAUGGGAACCAGUUUGUAUGCUGUUCCUGUGGACAGAUAUUUGUAUCUCUGUCAUUUGUACUUUUGAGAACCAGGAGCACAUACACCUCAGUCCAUACACCGAAUGUUUUUACUAAAAGCUGACCGUGCAUUUGAUUUUUGAUAAGACCAGAGUAAGGAGACCUGGUUUGGUGGCCAGGUGAGGUGUGUACAGAAUGAGCUGUCUGUGCUGACUGCAGAUAAUGCACCAUUAUAGCUGCUGUUGAUGUUCAUUAUCUCCUGGAGCAUGAGCCUGAAUUAUAUGGUAAGAGAACUCAAUCUAUUGUGAAAUGCACCUUGAUUAUUUCUGCCUAAGUCAGCUUGUGCAUGCCUUCAGACAAAACCCUCAGAGGUAAUUGUGCAUUUCAGCAUUUAAAGGUGCUAUAUAGCUGAGUCGGGUCUAACAGAGUGGGACUGGAGAGACUAAAAAAACAACCUUUUUGUAGGAAAAAGUCACAACAACAGCCAUUCAGUGUUUGGCUCUUUAUUUCAGUGAGAAAUGUCUGAUUUUCACUGUUUAUUGAGGAUGUUCUUCCAAGCAGAUUCUCUCUUGAUCCAACGUCAGUCUCAAUGAGUAAAGCAUCUUUACAGAGAGUGAAGUCCUCACAUUCUGGGUGUCCCCUGGUCUCAGGCCCUGCAGAAAGCAUUGCGUUGCUGUGCAGCUGUCUCAGAAGACUGUAGCCAUCUCACAUGAAAUGUCCUGCAUAUGUAACUCGCAUGUGUGCAGCAGGCAGCAGGCUGGAGCAGUGCUGUGGGUUCAGAUCCCUGGACUACCCUCAGAAUGACCCAGUAAAAUACCCAGCUGUGUAAACAGAACAAAUGACAAAAUGUAAGUUGGUUUGGGUCACACCCACACAAAUAAAUGCCCAAUAAUGAAUGAUUUUCUGUGUUACUGGAGCUGGAGUAUUAAGUGAAGUACAGACACUGUAUCUUUGAUCUUUGAUCAAGAGCGUUUGCCUUCCCCAUCUGUAACCUUUUGGAUUCGUGUUGUUUUGAAGUUCUGGACUGAAGUAUGACUAGAAAAAUAAAUGCUAUUCUUUGCCCACACUAUUGACACUGGAGUCUUAUACACAUCUUGAGUCUUGAGCAAGUCAUUUAAAUAUUACAUAUUCAUAUGGAAUGUGAUUUACUUGAAUAUAGAGGCUAUACAUGGAAACUAAAAAUCUCUUUUGUUGUAUGUAAAUAUUCAAAUCAAAAGAGAAAACUGAGGGAAACUUACAAUUUUCUGAUAAUACAGCUUUUUUGUAAAACAAAUCGGGACUUGAGAUGGGACUAAAACUAGUAUUAAAAACCUGUAAUCAGUGAUAAAGUCAGUGAAAAUAAUCAAUGCAUUUUAUAUGCAGUGUUGUCCUGUUUUUCAUUUCGGCAUCAGUGUCUAGGUAAAGAAUCACUACUGUGCUUGUGGGCAUUAUUGCAUUUCUGUAUUGUUCUCAAGGGUUCUGUUUCUAAUAAACUGUUCACUUCA